UACGAAGUUUCACUUUCUCUCACCAAAUAUUCCAAGUAUCCACUACUAACUACCCUUCCUUCUAUAAAAUAUCUUUAUCUCUUCCAUUAUACAUUCAAAUUUUCCAAGACCAAAUCUUCCAAACCCUUUUCUAAUCAAAAUGAAACACCAAAAACUACACACAAAGUUCCUUUCAAAUCUUCUAAUACUAGUAACUAUCCUACUCCUUUCAACAACAUGGACCAUAGCACAAGAAGUUGAGGAUGAGAGAGAAUUUGAUUACAUAAAGGGGAGCAAAAAGGGUCCUUCACGUUGGGGAGAAUUACAUAAAGAAUGGGCAUCAUGUAAGAAUGGAAGAAUGCAAUCUCCAAUUGAUUUGUCAAAUCAUAGAGUGAAGAUAGUUCCAAAGUUAGGAAAAUUAAAGAAGAAUUAUAAGCCUCAGAAUGCUACAAUAAAAAAUAGAGGUCAUGAUAUUCAGGUGAAAUGGGAGGGAGAUGCAGGAUCAAUAAAUAUCAAUGGAACGGAGUUUUUUCUGCAUCAAGCCCACUGGCACUCACCUUCCGAGCAUACCAUCAACAAAAGGAGGUAUGAUGUGGAGCUACACUUGGUACAUGAAAGCCUCAAAAUAAAUGGAAAAAGCAAAAUUGCUGUUGUUGGAAUUCUAUAUAAAUAUGGACGACGAGAUUCUAUUCUCACCAAGUUGUCAAAAUACAUAAAAGCCUUGGUGGAUACUGAUGAAGAAAUGAAUAUUGGAGUAAUUAAUCCCUCCAAAAUCAAGUUUGGUGGAAAGAGAUAUUACAGAUACAUGGGAUCUCUCACUGUGCCUCCUUGCACUGAAGGUGUCAUUUGGACUAUUAAUAAAAAGAUAAGACGUGUGUCUAGAGCACAAGUGAAGUUACUUAGAGAGGCUGUUCAUGAUCAUGCAGAGAAGAAUGCUAGACCUUUACAACUCCUGAAUAGAAGAGAGAUACAACUCUAUGGUCCAAAAAGAAAGGAAUGAAACAAUAACAUAUUAGCUUCUAAUAUUGGAGCAACACAAUGAUACAAUUUAUGUUUUUCUUGAAAGUCCUACACUAUUUCUAGCAUUUUGUUUUUGUAAGAUAUCACUUUUUCGAAUUCAUCUUUUAUGCUAAAGUUGUUUGGUAA